AUGGACGUAAAGGAAAAGGCAAUAGCUGCCCUGAAGCAUUACGAAAUUGGGGACAAAUUCUCCUAUCUACCGACCCUACCAAAAGCCUCAGUUCUUAUACCGCUCUUUGUCAAAGAUGGAGAGCUGCGAGUGCUUAUGACCGUGCGCUCCAUGCAGUUAAGAAGCAAUGCAGGAGAAGUGUGUUUCCCAGGGGGAAAGUUUGACCCGCAGGAUCGGGAUGAGGUUGACACGGCUCUGAGGGAGGCACAGGAGGAGGUCGGUCUACCACCUGACAGAGUGGAGGUGGUUUGCAGACUGUUCCCCAUAAUGAAUAAGAGAGGCAUCGUGGUUACUCCGGUAGUGGGUUUCAUCGAGGACACGUUCUGCCCUUGUCCGAAUCCUGACGAAGUGAGUGACGUGUUCUCUGUUCCUCUGGAGUUCUUCACACAAAAGACGCAUCAUUCCUGCUAUGAUCUGUCCGCAGGAGUGGGACUGAUACAUAGCUUUUUAUACACUGAUCCCGUCUCGGGCAAAGUGCAACAGAUCUGGGGUUUGACUGCGAUUCUGGCUAUUCUUGUCGCUGCCCUCGCCCUCGAAAAGCCGCCAGAAUUUGACACCGGUUUUAAUAUCACAGAUCCAAUGCCUCAUUUUAGACAUAAUCUUGAUUUACGGAUAAGCAAGCUGUGA